AUGGAUAAGGUAGCUCACACCUUUAAAGAAACCGAGACGGCGACAUCCGACAAUGUAUGUGUCCACUGCAACAAGACGAUCAAGAAGAAGCAGAAAGUAUUUGUAUGCACCGUCUGUAACAUUUACAUUCACAAGAAAUGCAUAGACAAGUUCCGAAAGGAUCCCACAUCUUGUCGUCGACCAGUCAAGCACGAGGACGAGAUGCCACCUGAUGAUGUUAUAUUAAAGCGCUUUGAGGAGUUAGCCAAAGACAUGAAGUUAGGGGAUAUCAAGAACAUUCCGAUAGCCAACCAAUGGAAAAUGGUUCAGGAGUUUGACAAGAAGCAACGCAAAGACGUUUACAUUCAACAAAAUGCGGCGCAGAAAGGAAAUUGGAAAGUUGCCAUUUCAGAGCCAAAGUAUUUGUCAGAGUAUUUGGUCGACCAUUGUGACAUUGAAGUUCUGAAAGAGAUGGAAAUAGUAACUCGGUCCUCUGCCGUUAGUUACCUAUCGACAUUUGUUCGAGUCGGUGGUGUUACUAACUUAUUGAAACAAUAUGAGAAGAUCAUCAACAACAAGGAAAACACUGAGCAAAUCAUCGACGAGGAACGAGCGUUUUGUCAAGUCCUUCGUUCUGUGUUUUCAGAACAAGAUGCCUCAGUUGCGUUGAUCGAGUCUGACAAUGGGAUUGAGUUGAUUAUACGAGGCCUUUCAUCGACACGAAUUACGCCGGUCCAUCAAUACUAUUUGAUGUUGAUAUUAGCCUUAACGUCAUCUAUGUUACAGCACCCAUUACAGAAAGAAGUAUACUUAGGUGGUGAUCUUGCUGUGAUCAAUGGCUUUGCCAAAAUGGUGACUGAUGGGUACGACACAAAGCAGUUUGAAUCGUUCUUUAAAGUCUUUUGCAAGUCGAAGGAUACCAUGUACCGAAAGGCAGCUAUGUUGAUGAUAAACAACAUAUUAGAUCAGCCUGAAUAUGAGCAGAGAGUUGAAUUAAGAGGGUAUUUACUUGACCUUGGAAUAGUCGAUGAAUUGAAUAACUUGAAGAAAGAAGCUUGGUCCAAUUCUGUGAAAGAGUUGAUGGAUUAUGUCGAUGACUUCUUUGAAAAUCAAGAGGCAGAUAAGAGUGAAUUUGCAACGCGAUUUGAUGAUUUGAAUGAAAAGGUCAAUUUAAAUAAGACGAGUAACAUCGAGAAGUACAUUAGUGAGAGAAGUUCAAUGUUUGACUGUUCCGAUAUUGUCAACAACAUUUACAAAGAGAUCAUAUUCUCUGUUAAAGCCAACAAAGACGCGAUGAACACUGCAAAGAAGAUUAUGAUUCUUACCGAAGUAGUCAGACAAAUCAAUUUACAGUCAGGUAAAGUGUCGAAUAAAAACACUGACGAUGGCAAAUUGAAAGCAGACGAGAUCUUCGAUCGAAUGAAGUUGGAAUGGGACAAGUUGACAUUCAGUGAGAACGUUCAAGGCAAUUACAACACGAAGAAGGCUGAAUUGGAUUCAUUAAUAACUCAGUCCAAUAUUUUAGCUGAGAAGUUGACUGGCGUCGAGAAGGAAAUUGCUGAUGGUGAGAAGAACAAUUUGAAUCAAAUGCAGAACGUCAAGAAAGAUGAGAAGAAGAACGACGAUAUUAAGAAUGAGACUAAGAAGAUUAAUGAUGAAAUCGAAGCUAUCAAGAAGAAGAUCGAUGAGGUAAAAGCUCAAAUCGCUGCAAAACCAAAAACAGUUCAAGUCGAAAAGGGUGCAGUUGAGGCUCCACCACCUUUGGCACCACCGGGAGGAUUAGCACCACCACCAGGACUCGCUCCGCCGGGAGGUCUUGCGCCACCUCCAGGAUUAGCUCCACCUGGUGGACUUGAACCCCCAGGAGGAAUGCUCCCACCCCCAGGUCUUGCUCCUCCAGGUGGUAUGUUACCGCCACCAGGUUUAGAACCACCAGGAGGAUUAAUGCCACCACCUGGACUUGCUCCACCGGGAGGUAUGAUGCCACCACCAGGAUUAGCGCCACCAGGUGGAUUAAUGCCACCACCGGGACUUGCUCCACCGGGAGGUAUGAUGCCGCCACCAGGUUUGGCCCCACCGGGAGGAUUAAUGCCACCAGGAAUGAUGCCGCCACCCGGUCUUGCACCUCCAGGAGCCCCACCGGGAGGAUUGAUGCCGCCAGGAAUGCUUCCCCCACCAGGAGGACUUGCACCACCAGGUGGUAUGAUGCCUCCGGGAAUGAUGCCGCCCCCAGGUGGAUUAGCACCGCCUGGUAUGAUGAUGCCGCCAGGAAUGAUGCCACCGCCUGGGAUGGGUAUGCCAGGUAUGAUGGGUGGGUUUGGUGCUCCACAAGUGUUGAAUGGAUUAGUCGAUAAGCUUCCGAAGCCUGAAGGGAAAGUGAAGAACUUCAUGUGGCAGAAGAUUAAUGACAAGCAGUUGAAAGGAUCUGUCUUUGAGAAGAUGUCCACCCUUGGUGAUAUGCAAAAGAAAUUGAAUUUGAAGAGUUUGAAUGAGUCGUUCAAAGUAGUUGAGAAGGUGAAAGUAGUUGAGCCCGAGGGUGGUGCCAAAGAGCCCAAAAAGGCGGGACCAAUUUGUAUUUUAGACGCAAAGAACAAUCAGACCUUCACUAUUUUGUUAAAAGGGUUUAAAGGGAAGACCCCCGAUGAAGUCUGUAAAGCAAUUAAUUCGUUGGAUCAGACCGUCUUUGAAGAGAGUUCGACAAUUAAGACGAUGUUAAAGUUACUUGAAGAUGCCAAAGAAGAGAUGGGGAAUGUUGAAGAACAUAUUAAAGAAAAAGGGACUGAUAACUUAGGUACUGCCGAGUUGUUCUCUCAUGCCAUUUCGAGUGUCACUAACGUUGUAUUGAAGCUUCAGAGUUUCCAGUCUAAAAUGGAACUUCCAGUGAAGUUAGAUGAAGUUGGACCAAACAUUGUGUUAGUCACAAAAGCGUCGAGUGAACUAUUGAAGAGUAAGAAGUUUGUGCAUUUACUCGAAGUGAUGCUUCUAGUUGGUAAUUUCCUCAACAAAGGUACAGCAAAAGGGAAUGUGACUGGGUUUAAGUUUGACACGCUUGGAAAGACUCUUGAGACUAAGACCGGCGACAACAAGAAGACUCUUUUACACGUCAUGGAAGGCUAUGCUCAAGAAAAAUUGAAGGAGGAAGUUAUCGGAUGGAAUGAAGAACUUCCUGAUGUACCUUUAGCCGCUAAAGUCCCUGGUGCACAGUUUGAUUCUGACAUUAAAAACCUUGAAAAGAUGUACAAGGAAAUUGAAACAGCUGUUUCUAAGAUACCCGAUGAUGGAUCGCCCUUCAUUCCAGUAAUGAAGAAAUUCCUUGAAGAGAAUCGAGUGAAGCUUGAUAAGGUAGCAAAAGACUAUGAAGAGAUGAACAAAGAGUUUGUCGAAGCAGUGUCCUAUAUGGCCCUCGACAAGAACAAACCGCCACCUCCCGAAGAGUUCUUCUCAACACUCUCCAAGUUCAUGGCUGAUUGGAAAAGAGUUGGUGAUGAUAAUCAGAAGGAGAAGGAGAAACUCGAAAAAGAAGCAAAGAAAGCUGCUGCCAAGAAUGCUAAGAAAACGACUAAGAAGGUAGCUUUAGCAGCCAUUCCUGGAGAAGAGAAACUCGGGCCUAAAGCUGCUGCAUUCAGCAGUGGGUUGGCUAAGAAGUCAACAAAGAAGAAGGUAGUCAAAAAGACGAUGGACAUUUAA